AUAAGAGUUGAUGGCUUUUGGUUAUGUUUAUUAUGUUGAAGUCAGUGCUUCGUGUUUCACCAAAAAUCCACAGAAAACACUGGUUUUCCGCUGUUCCAAGGAGCAGAACAUGCAGUUCAGAUACACAAAAUGUUCCAAGGGAAGUCGAUCCGGGAGAGAUUGUCGUCUCAAGGCAGGGUUCCAUUGGUCUGGUGGGCAUCAAUCGUCCCUCUGUCCAGAACUGCCUUACAGAUGAUCUCACUCUUCGUCUGUUCAGUGAGAUUGAGCGUCUGGAAGAAGAUCCCACCGUCCUGGUUGGGGUUCUUCAUGGUGUCGGCGGGACAUUCUGUGCCGGCUAUGAUUUGCACACUAUCAGUCAGAAGACAUUCUCCAGAGGUUCUCGAUUGACCAGAAGAAUUCUCCGGAAGCCUUUUGUGUGUGCCAUGAAUGGGUAUUGCGUGGGAAAUGGCUUGGAACUGGCUCUCAUGUGCGAUCUGCGAGUAAUAGAGGACAGUUGCAUCAUUGGCUUCCUGAACAGACGCUUUGGGGUGCCGAUUGUUGAUGGGGGCACUGCUCGACUACCCGCCAUGGUGGGUCUGUCUCGGGCUCUCGAUCUCGUCCUGACUGGAAGACAAGUCACUGCCAAAGAAGCCUUCGAAAUGGGCCUUGCCAGUCGCCUUGUGGGCAAUGGAACUGCGGUUGGUCAGGCUGUUAAUGCUGCUAUAUCAAUUGCCAAAUUUCCUCAAAAAUCUCUCCUUCAUGAUCGCUCAUCAAUCUACAGAGCCACAUUCGAUUCCCCAUCUUUUGAGGAAUCUGUAAGGUAUGAAGCUGAUACUGUGACAUCAGAAAUAGUUGAAGAAGCCAAAGUGGGAGCUCGUCGGUUCGCUGAGGGGUUGGGCAAGGGUGGUAAGUUCUAUGACAUCAAGAAGAAGCCAAUUGCUGAUUGGGAAGCUGAGGAAAUAGCACGAGAAAAGACAAAAAGGGGACUGGGCAGUGAAGGUCAGUGCAAUUUUUCCAUAAAACUUUAUUUCUCUAUGAUUUAUCACAAAAGGAAUAUAUUUUCUUCUGUUCUGUUUUUCUUGUUUUUUGUUUUGUCUCCAAAGUUAAAAAGCUCUAAACACCGACACAACUUAAUUUCAUCACUGGGAUUGAUUUGAUCCGGAUAAAAUCUUUGAAAAUAUCAUUUGUAAGUAGAAAAUAGAAUCCUUGAUUUCACGUAUUCCAUCCACAAAUUCUUUUACAUAUUUUGUUUUUUUUCUUUAUAGCAUUCGAAAUCCAGUCGCUGUCUCAGUCCUCUAUAUCCUCCCCGAUUGUAAAAAAAAUGAAUAAUAAAGUUUAGAAAAAUUCUCACUAAAUGUUUUGUCUUUUUCACUAUUAAAUUUUUGCUUUUUUUUUAGAAAAUUCAUUUUUUCCCACGCCAAUUUUCGAGGAUCUUUCUCAGGCCUUCAUUCUGAGAUUUCUCUCAUAGAUUUUCUAACAAUUACAACAUGCCUAACUAUCAUAAUAUUAAAAAAUUCUUACAAUAGAAAUGAAGAAUUAUGAGCAACGCACAGAUUCUUUUGUUUUGCAAACAGUCGUCUCGCAAUUUCAGAAGUGGGAUCGAACUUAGUUCUGACGUAUGAAGUUUUGAGUUGUUUGCAGUGGCAAAAGUAAUUCUGCGUUCCCUUUCAUUUGUUCCAUUUACCUUUGUGUAAUUUUUUUUCCUAUAAAAAAUUACUUUCUCGCCUUUUUUUGUAAAAUUUCAUUCCAAAUAUUUCAAUUGCAAGGUUUUUGCUAAAAAAUAUUUUUUUUCUUAAUUCUUUUGAGUUUUUUCUUUUAUUCAAAAAAUAUUUCAUCCUAUAUUCAUUAUCCAGCUCCUUUCAAAUUCUCUUCACACAGUUUAUUCUUUUUCUUCUUACGUUAUAUUUCUUCUUUGUUUUUU